GACAGUGUCAGUGUUUGGGUAGCAUCCGGUAGCAUCAUGUCAGGGAUGGAAAUCGGACCGCUGAGACCCUGGGAGGAUUUUUUUCCGGGUGUUGACAGAUUCUCUAAACCUGAUGUAUCUGAUUUGAGCAAAUGGAAUAAUAGAGUGAUCAGUAAUCUGCUCUAUUAUCAGACGAAUUAUUUUGCUGCUGCCAUCGUCGUGAUUUUGAUUGUCGGUGUUCUGAACCCCUUGGGCAUGUUUCUUGGUGGCGCUGUUGUAGCUCUGGUCUUCAUGGGUUCUGUGUGGGCUGGAGAGAACCAGACUGUGAUCAAGAACUUUAAGAGGAAGAAUCCGACUCUGUUUGUGGUUGCUGUUAUGGGAAUCAGCUACUUCCUGCUAUCCUUGUGUGGAGGGGUGAUGGUUUUUCUCUUUGGUAUUACAUUUCCCAUGCUAUUGAUUCUCAUCCAUGCUUCUCUGAGACUUCGCAGCAUGAAGAACAAGUUGGAGAACAAAAUUGAGGUUGUCGGCCUAAAGAAGACACCAAUGGGAGUCAUAAUGGAUCUCUUGGAUCAACAAGAAGAAAAAAUCAACAAAAUCCAGGAUUUCUUGGAGAGUAAGCUAAAAGAUUGAGCAUCAAAGACAUAAAUGUGUUUUUGUUUAUUAUUGUGAAUAUUCUCACAACAGCGAGAUCCCUUUCUAAUAUACCAAAGUAUGUUAAAUCAUCCAUCUUUAUUCCUUGACCAUUAAUUUUAAUGUAUGAUAAAAAAUCUAUUUAAUGGUGUUUUUAUUUCUUGCUAUGGUAAAAAAAAAUAUGUUUACAUUCAGUCAUUUUGCAGAUGCUUUUAUCCAAAGCAUAUUGCAAAUCAGAGAUCUUAACAUUAUGUCAAUGAGCCAACAAUAAUUGCAGAUUGGAAAGCUUAGGAAACUGCGUUUUGUUCUACAUUGGACUCAUAAAUUUGUCACUAUGCAUGCAGAGCUUGAAGAUAUGUUGUUUUUGUUUUCAUUGAGAAUGUUCAUAAUCAUGUAACCUAUAUGAAUCUGGAAAGAUAUGGGCAAUUGUAGAAGGCACUUAGAGAUUUUUUUUUAUUUUUAAAUAUAUAGUUAUGGUUUUAGAUCCACUUUCUCCCUAGGACAAUCACUCUUAUGUUGCAAAUUCAUGAUGUAAUAAAAAAAAAGUUUGUUUAUGUCCCAAUAUGCGAAUCUAUAUGAUGCCAUUGAUAGGAAUGGUUUUACUCAAAAUUUUGUUCAACCAACAGGAUUUGUCACUCUUAAAUAAAAAGAGCCAAACAAG